GCCUUUAUGCCGCUCGGGAUGCAGAUGCUUCCAAGAAGCAGCCUGGGAAUGCUGCCCUGGAGGCUUCGGAGGAGGACCUCCACAGCCGCCAUCCUCAUCGCCGGUCUCGUUUGCCGACCUCAGCGGGUAGGAAGAAGCAAGCGUGCCGAUGGUGGCGAAGGAAUUUGCAGCUUCGACCGGCUCGUGGUGCUCAUGGACGGUGAUGGUCAGGGCCCUCGCGAGUUUCGGGCCGCCUGGAAGGCACUGUCGAGCAUCGGCCGGGAGGUGCACCCCUUCGUCUUUGCUGCCGCGGCACACCUCCAGCGCAAGGAUUGGCAAGCGUUUCUGGAG